UAUUUUUAAAACACUACACUUUCCACCUGUUGGCUUUUGCUUCCCUCGCCCCAAAAUCACUCAUUUAUUUAGUUCCUUGCGCCCGGUUCGGAUCAAAUGAAAAACUGAAAAUCUAGCAAACGUGCACCUUAAAGCCGCUGAAGAGGAGAAACGGAAUACAACGGAAGUGGGACUCAGACCGGAAACGGAAGCAGCACUCAAACCAGAAACAAAGGCACAAAAUGGAACGGCUCAGAUCGUCCCGCAGCCGCGAAGUGCGUAUCGGCAGCUAUAAAGUGAUCCGUAAGAUCGGAAGCGGCUCCUUCGGCGACAUCUAUCUAGCGGUCUAUAUCCAUAAUGGCGAGCGGGUGGCGAUCAAGGUGGAGAGCACGAAAGUGAAGCAUCCGCAGCUGAACUACGAGCGCCGUCUCUACCGCGCCCUACGCCCAGCUCCUGGGCUGCCGCAGAUUCGAUAUUUUUGCAAGGAGCCGCACUACCAGGCUAUGGUAAUGGAUCUAUUGGGACCGUCGCUGGAGCGACUGUUCCAGUUCUGCGAAAAGGCCUUCACCAUCAAGACGGUCCUGCUCCUGUCCGAGCAGAUGCUCCGCCGGGUGGAGUACGUCCAUUCGCGUGGAUUCCUGCACCGCGACAUCAAGCCGGACAACUUCCUGAUGGGCCUCGGCACGAUGUCCAAGCAGGUCUACCUGAUCGACUUCGGGCUGGCCAAGAAGUACCUGGACAUCACUACCGGUGUCCACAUCCCCUACCGGGAGGAGCGCAGUCUGACGGGAACGGCCCGGUACGCCUCCAUUUGCGCCCAUGCCGGCGUCGAAUCGUCGCGGCGGGAUGAUCUGGUGGCCCUCGGCUAUGUCCUGAUGUACUUCAACCGGGGCAGCCUGCCGUGGCAGGGCCUGAAGGCCUCCACCAAGCAACAGAAGUACGAGCGGAUCUAUGAGAAGAAGAUCUCCGUGUCGGUGGAGGCGCUCUGCGAGGGUUAUCCUUGCGAGUUCACCAUGUACCUAAACUACUGCCGCGGACUGGGCUUCUACGACCGUCCCGACUACGAAGCCAUAUGCCGCAUGUUCCGGAUGCUCCGCCAGGGCCUCAAUCUCCGCCCGGGACUCAUCUACGACUGGGACAUGCUGAUGAUGAAGUUCCACAACACCCAGGACAAUCCGGGCAUCGGGAAGCGAGUCUUUCCUCCGCGCCAGCCCACCGACGGCGGGGAGAGCGGAGAGCCGAUUGUCAAGGACGAAAAGUGCAACACCUGGCCCUAAUCUGGACUGGACUGGAUGCGUGAAUUCCCGGGACACUCCCGGCACUCCCGAGACGUUAUCCAGUCCAAGUAUGUCCCGUAAAUGAAAAGUAGUUCCAUGAAAUUCCCCAGAAGGCCUCUC